AUGGACUCAAGCCCCAUCGGGUCGCCUAUCAAGGCUGCCUCACAAACCCCGUCCCGAACUCCCUCACGAACUCCAAACCGCCGCGCCUUCAGCGCCGAACCGCACUCGGGCCGCGCUUCGAUACACACCCCUCUAGAUCGUACCGGAGCCCGCGACCUCCGAGCAUCUAUCCGCCGUGGCACUCCCGGUUCCAUUGGCCGAUCCAAUGCGCCAACUCCCCAUGCCAAAGCCGCUCGUCGAGCGCUCGACCAGCGCCGAACAGCCAUAUUCACGCCUGGAAAGAAUCGAAGGCGCAGUUUGAUGCAGCAGCGUGAGACGCCCCUGGACAUUCUGCGGACCCUCGGCAGAGUCCUGGCGCCAACAAGCAAGCCUAUUCAGACGUCCUCGUCUUCGUCACCGGACGACAAGUCGACCAUAUCGCCUGUUCAGCAAGAAGAAACGAACAUUUACGAAGAUGACGAUGAAGACGACCUACCGAUCGACAGGCCACGGCUAUCUUUGCCGCUUGAUGAUGAGGAUGCUUCUAGUACAAGCUCCGAUCUACGGCCUCCGCGGUUGUCGCAACUCGAGGAAGACAACUUUACGAUGCAAUCGAUCGAGAUGCCACGGCGAGCUAUCAGCGAGCAGGCGGCAUCAAGGCUAUCCCGUGGAAGCUUUGGAAGCGUGCGUAUGAGCGACUACUUUAACGACGAAGAAGGCACGGAGGAUAUUGGUCAACAGUCGGAUUUCUUCCCAGGCCUGUUGGAGGACCUGCAAGCAAGAGCGGGCGCGGAUGACCUUUCUCUAGACCAAUUCGACGCUGAUCAGUCGAGACGGAUGACUGUUGGCCGAGAGAGCGAUUUCAACUUUGAGAUCCCUCCUGGUGUUGGAGAACAGACAACAUUUAUGCUGUCUGACCCAGCUGUCGAUGUCCCGCAGACAUCGCCUAUUGUCGAUCGUUCUAUUGCAGAGGCCAUGGGCGAAGAUGCCCAGGAGCGUCAUGCCGAUGUGGUGCUCGGUGACUCUGACUCGGAUGUAGGGGGAGGCUUUGAUAUGGGUGGAUGGGACUACGAUGCAGGCGGUGUUGACGACCACAGCUCACUAGAUGAGGGACCAGAGCCCAUAGCAGAGCCCAUAGCAGAGCCCACGGUAACUGCUACCGUACACCGAGCACAAGCCGAGGAUAGACUUCCGCGUGGUCUGAAGGCCAGAAAGAAGCAGAAGCGGAUAUCACAGCACGGCAUUGAGUAUCCGCCACUGCCCCCUGCGUUUGUCAAGAGGGUGGCCCAAACAGCUCUCCAGUCAUCAGGCCUAAGCAACCAGCGUCUCUCCGCAGAGACGUUAGACGCUCUCAUUCAAGCAUCUGAGUGGUUCUUUGAGCAACUGGGUGAUGAUCUGGGCGCCUACGCGGACCACGCGAAGCGCAAGACGAUCGAGGAGAGCGACGUUUUCACGCUCAUGAAAAGGUACGUUGAUGUGUCACUUGGGUAUCAGCUCCUUUUUUGUUGUAGCCAGAAAUUCUAA